GUACGAGUUGAUGGAGAAUCGCAGCUUACAGGAUGCCCUGUUGGACCGGAGAUGCGCAGAGCUUAUGUUAUGGGGAAAAAGAUUUUGCAUUAUAAGUGAUGUGGCGAAGGGUCUUGAGUAUCUUCACCAUUUUUGCGAUCCUCCAGUUAUUCACGGCGAUAUCAAACCCAGCAACAUUCUCUUAGACGGAGAUUUCAAGGCCAAGAUUGGUGAUUUUGGGCUUGCGAGAUUGAAAACAGAGGACCUGGUGGAGGGUCUUGAGGAGGGUGAGACUUAUAAGAAGAAGGAAGUCGGAGAUGAGAACGGAUCGAUCUUGGAAGAGACAGAGAGUGUGGUGACAGGGUUUGAGGAAGCUUCGAGUUCAGCGAUUGUGGACCGUUCGCCGGAGAGUUGCGUGCUUAGAAUUUUGGACUCAGAACCUUCUCCAGAAACGGUGGCAGCGUCAACGUCACCGGAGGUGGGGAUUGAGAUGGUAAGUGUAGUAUCAGAAGGGUUUUUUGACAAAAUUAGUGUUGAAAGUGGGAAAAAGGGUAGUUCUAGGAGAGAUUGGUGGUGGAAACAGGACACCGGUGGUGGGUUGGAGUCAGGAAGCGUGAAGGAUUAUGUCAUGGACUGGAUUGGGAGUGAGAUUAAAAAGGAGAGACCCAAAAACCAGUGGAAUAAAUCUCCGACCUCCAUGGAUAACAACUCGAAAGCAGAGCAGAAGAAGGAGAAGAUUCGGAAGAAAGAAAAGAACCGGAAACCCAGAGAGUGGUGGAAAGAAGAAUUCUGCGAGGAACUCCAAAAGAAAAAGAUGAAAAAGAAAAAAAGAGGAUUUCUUUCGAGCGGUAACGGCGAAUGCUGGUGGCAAAAUGAAGUAAUUGAACAAAAAAGAAAGAAGAAGAAGAAGGGUAGCAUGAGCAGCAUCGAUUGGUGGUUGGAGGGAUUCAGCGGCGAAUUCCGAGUUGGGAGAAGAAAUAACAGAGAUGGUGAUAUACCCAAGAACGGCGGCAUCAGUAGUACACCUAGCAUGAGAGGAACCGUUUGUUAUAUUGCACCGGAGUACGGUGGCGGCGGGUUGUUCUCGGAGAAAUGCGAUGUCUAUAGCUUCGGCGUCCUUGUUCUAGUUGUGAUCUCCGGUCGCCGUCCCCUGCAAGUAACGGCCUCCCCUAUGUCGGAGUUUGAGAGGGCAAAUUUGAUAUCUUGGGCGAGGCAACUUGCUCAUAAUGGGAGGCUGUUGGAUCUUGUUGAUCCUUCAAUUCAGUCUUUGGAUAGGGAUCAAGUAUUGCUUUGUAUUACCAUUGCAUUGCUCUGUUUGCAGAGGUCGCCGGCCAAGCGGCCCACCAUGAAAGAGAUAGUGGGGAUGCUUUCAGGUGAGUCAGAACCACCGCAUUUACCUUUUGAAUUUUCACCGUCCCCGCCGGGGAAUUUCCCGUUUAAGUCCCGAAAGAAAGCACGGUGAGUUUGCGCAUUGAUUGAUAGUAGGGUGAGAAAUGUGUACCUGUUGUAGGCUGUUUGUGAUCAUUAUGCAUUAUGCUUUGUACAAAUUUGUUGCAGAAAUGUGAAAAAAAUAAAUGUUGUAAC